UAGGUUUAUUUGUAGGGUGGAUUAACCUCCAUCCGCACCAUAUUCUGCAUCUGAAUCAUUUCUUUCUGUUUCAGAGUGGAUCAAACAGUUAUUUCCUAAACCGUUGAGACAUUUUUUUUCUGUACUGGGAUCAAAUAUUUACACACCUUAUAAUAACCCCGUCAGUCUGCCACGACACUGACAGAUUCAGGGCUGGACCGCCUUCAUAAGCAUCCUAUGGUAUUUUGUUCCAAGAUGGCGGUGGCGAGCAUGGAAAACGACGCGAUAAAUACCGAAGAUGAUCAUCACCUUAAUAAUUCAUUCGGAGAUGCUGGUCUCAUCUCUCCAGAUAAAGAAGACAUCUCUCGUAUUCUGACGGUUCCUUUCAGAGGACGGAUCAGAGGUGGAAUGAGGCCUGGGAAGAAAAUCAUUAUUAUGGGCAUCAUAGAUCCAGAACCAGACAGUUUUGACAUCAGCUUAACUUGCGGCCACAAUGAUGAGAAAGAUGAAGGGGAGCUAACUGAUGUGGCCCUUAAACUCACUGCACGAUUUACAGAACGGCAGUUCCUGAGGAACGCACAGAUUUCUGGGAAAUGGAGUGAGGAGGAGGCACCCAUAUCUUAUUUCCCCUUCAUCCCGGAUCAGCCAUUCAGGAUUGAGAUCCAUUGUGAGCACCAGCGUUUUAGGAUCUUUGUGGAUGGACACCAGCUGUUUGACUUUUAUCACAAAGUUAAGUCUUUGUCGGCCAUUAAUAUGAUCCGGAUAGAUGGGAGUCUUCAGAUCACUAAGCUGGGCUGAAGAAACACCUAAAAGAACUUCAGUCAGGUGACCACGCCCACCUGUGCAUUUGCCACAUUAAUGAAGGCUUCCCAGCUUCAUCUGCAUUAUGCUUAUGUGUCUUUUUAUAACAGGUUGGUGAAUGGUUGCAAUUUCAGAUGUGUACCCCUUCUUGAGUGUUUUAUAUAUCUGGCCAGUAGAUUAUUAAAUGUUUAGUUUGGAUAUUUUUCAGGGAUUGCACAAUUUGAUAUGCACACUGUGGCAGUACCAUGCGCCACUUGGAUUUUGCUGCUCUGAAUAGAUGCUGCCAAUGUGUGCAUGCUGAUAGUUUAGCAUUGUAGUUUCAAACGUUUUCCAAGACUCAGGAAAUCUGAUAUAGUUGGUCUACUUUACUCAUUUAAGACAAAUUUGUUUGUGUAAAUUAAAAUAGUUUGGGUACUAGAACUUUACAGCCCAUAUAGUAUACAGUUUGGUGUUUCACAUAUUUAUUUAUAAUAUUUAGUGGAAGAUGUUAUUUUAUCCCCAAUAGUGUAGCAGAACGUACUGUUAAAUAGUCUACCUUUUCAUCCCAUAUCUGUUCAUUGCAACCAUUCAUUUCUGAGAGAUAAUGUGUUGAGGAUUAUUUGACUUGAGGUUAAAGUCAUCUUUAGAAAUGAUGCACUUAAAUUUCAUCCAAUCAUUCUCACCAGUAUUUCAGUGCAAAUAUAAAAUCCUUAGCUACCAAACCAACAAAUGAUUGUUUUAUAGUUGACGAGUGAUUAAUCGAAAAUGGCUCCAUUUAAUGUUUACACUUGAUCUGAAGCACCAAGUAAAAGUCAAAGGAACACAAGUAACUGGGCUAAAUAGUUUUUGAAUGUACAAUAAUCCACUUAUCGGCACCUUAAUAGCUUAUAUGUGGGUGUAAAGUGAUUGUCUUAAAAAAAAGGCAUAUUAUCCCCUUCAGCUCCUUUAUUAUAACACUCACUCCUUAUGUUGCUCUCUUUAAUACAAACAUGCAGCCAAGGCUUAGCAUAUUUCAUGUGUUAUGUCGUCAUUUCUGGCCCUUGGCCCACUAAGGAACCUUUAUACACUAUGGCUGUUUCUCAAUUCUAAGAACGCAAAGAACGGACUUGCGUUCUCGUGGAGACUGGUCUUUCCAGGCCACCUUGAAUUGAGAUGUGCGCGAUCUUUCUGCUGGUCACGUGACCUCCCCAGAUUUCAAUGGGCAAGUCUGCACUCGAUGCAUCCUCGAUAUCAAGAACUCAUCCGGGUAUUUUCACGCGUCCUCUGUACUUGCGUUAUUGAGAAUUGGAAUUGAACUUCGACUGUUAAUGAUGACGUAGAGCGAGGACACAAGGACGCAAGAUCGCUGAAGAACGCAUAUUGAGAAACAGCCAAUGCCAUAUACACAGUACCCACAAUGCUCUCUGCUGUCAGAUCAGUACAAACAAUAACCUACAGCAUAACGGUACCAAUGUUAAAUGAACACAAUGAUUAGCUUGUUGCACUGUAGAUCAGUAUUAUGUUCAGUUCAAAACUUAAUGUAAGCAUGAUAUUAUACAAUAACGCUGCGUGCACACCGCCAUUGAUAUUUUUUCACCUGUAAUUUUAAAUGAGGUUGCCAUACACUCUAAAAAAAAUCCUUAUUGCACUUUUGUCACUGCACACUCCCACUUCAUGUCGGCAACGGUCACUAUUGCUUGUGUCACCAGAAGCUGCCACAUUUUCAUUGGAGUGAAUCAGAUCUCAUCACUCUGCCAUUGGUAGUCGCUGGCGGUGUGCACACAGCUUUACACUUGAACUCGCUUCUUUUGUUCUGGAAGACAUCAAACACUUCCUGUAAAAAGUGAAGUGUAAGAAAAGUGAAGAAUAAUUUGCUUUGAUGUGACUGUUGUCAAAAAUGAAUAUUUAUUAAAUGCAAUAGAUAACUGUUCUAAUAAAGCUCCUUACAUUUUUAAAGAAAAACAUGAUUAAAUAACUUAAAGUAGACAAAUUUCAUCCCAUUUACAAAAUUUAUUUGCUGUUCCAACCAGUCAGGUAUACUUAAAAGUGUUGCUAUUUCAAUUGGUACGACAUUUUGUUUUAAUGUUGCUGACAAUUUUGGUUGUCAUUUCAUUCCUGAUCAGUGUGUAUGUAAUACCUAAAAGGUGUUACACCUAGACAAUUUUGAAAGGGGAGGGAGUACUACAAAUGUAAUAUGUAACCCAGGAAAUGCAUUGCAUUUUGUCGCAAUGUGCAUGUGUCGCACAUCUUUGUACACGUACAAGUAAUGUGAACUACACGUUCGUGUACAUGUGGGCUUGCUUUGCCCUUGGAGCUACAGUAAAGUAGAAUUGAAUUUCUCCCUAUGAUCCUAAUAAUUGUGCAGAUUACAGAUACUAAUUCUAAUGCUUCCAUUUUUGGUGCUGUUUAUUGUCUUGUAUUUCAAAAUAAAUUGCUACAUUUCUCAGACUGGUUCAGAUUUACAGUAUGAGGAUUCAAAAUGAAUGUUAUGAGUCUUAAUAGUAAACUACGAAACUUUGGAUGUACAUAUACUACUAAUCUCUUUGUAUGCCUCAUUUGUUUUUGUUUUUCAUUUUUUUGCAAUAAUGUUUCAGCACUAAGAAGAGUGCUUAAUCGUUUAUGUAAUGAUUGUUCACUAGAUUCCAGUACAUCAAAACUAUAUUUCAUUUCAUAGCUUGGUAUAUUGUUUGUUUAUUUAGUCAGGCUUUGCUUCGUUUAUUAUGUUUUUAAUAUUAUUUGAGGUCAAUUUCAGAAGCUUUUAUGUAUUUAUAAAGGUGCCCGUUAGAUAGAGCUAGUGUGUGGUGUUGGAUAAUUGUAGUUGUACAUCAUUUCAUGGGUUAAAUCAAGACCAUCAGACUAGAAAUUGGUUUUGUGUGCUUUCAGAGCUUAGGCAGAAAUGUGCCUAUUGAAAUAUGGCUUUGGUGUUUAGCGACUAAUUCAAUGAUCUAACACACAUCAACCAAAACCUACAAACUUGUUCAUUUUAAAUGAGAAUGUUGGUUGGAGUUUGUUGGAUUAUUGUGAAUUAGCCUUUAGAAUUAAAAUGGGAUUCUCAGUGUUUUACACCAACAGAGUUAAAGUUUAUAAUGCACUUUUUUAAGUUAAAUUGAAUCCUUGUAAUGUAAGGCACUUGUGCUUUGCAGAUGUUAAAAUAAAAUAAUUCAUCAAUUGCAGAGUUGGUACAUACUUGCGCUGCAGAAUCCCAUGUGAAUAUGCUGCAGUAGGAUACACUUAAAAAUAAACAACUGGGUAAAAAGCAUUUGGGUGAAUAUCUGAAGCGAAACUUAUGUUUUUGUCUGCAAAUGACUAAUAACCUGCUAUUGGGACAUUGUCAUCUGGAUAUACUGUUUGGAGUUGGUUUGCAAAGAUGUUGUUUUUAUUUAAUAGUAAAUGUUUAGUUAUUUAAUGCAUUUUGUAACAUUCAUGAGUAUCAAUUUUCUAACUGAUUUAUUGACCAAUAAAUCAAUCCUUACACAC